CACUAUACGCCUCAGCUGCCUAUAUAUACUGAGCCAUGAGCUGUGCAGAACCCACCCACUGUGUUCAACAGCUCCCUGACCGCAACAGCAAGCUCAUCCACACAGCUGCAGCAUCAGUCAUGAAGGUCCUCGCAGUGCUCGUCCUCGCUGUUUUCACAGCAGGUUGCAAUGCCAACAUCGUGUGGCAAAACCAGCCCAAGCCCGAGGUUGAGAUGGUGAAAGAUGCUUUCUGGGACUACGUCGCCAGGGCAACCACGAACGCCGAGGAGUCCCUGAAGCAGAUCAGACAGUCCAAGCUGGGAAAGGAAGUGAACACCCUCAUCUCUGAGAGCACUGACGCCGUCAACAAGCUCACCGACACUUUCCGGACACAGGUGGCUCCUCUGACCGAGGACCUCAUGACUCAGUUUACCCAGCAGGCCGAGCAGCUGAAGACCCGUCUGGAGAAGGAUCUGACCUCCGUGGGAACCAGCCUGAAGCCCUACGCCGACGAGCUGAUAGCUGACCUCCAGAGGCAGGUGGAGGAGAUGAAGACGGACGCGGCACCCUACGCCGAGACCAUGGACCCCGAGGCCCUGAAGACCGUCCUGCUGCAGAAGAGCCAGGAGAUGAAGGCUCAGCUGGAUCAGAACAUGAACCAGCUGCAGGCUCAGAUGGUCCCCUACACCGAGGAGAUCAAGGAGAAGAUGGAGCAGAGCCUGGAGGAGUUCCAGAGGAGCAUGAUCCCCCUGACCCAGAGCUUUGAGACCCAGCUGACCCAGAGAACCCAGGAGAUCCAGCAGAACCUGGCUCAAAGAGGAGAGGAGCUGAGGACCAAGCUGGACGCCGACGCCCAGAACCUGAAGAGGCAGCUGACUGCUCUGUGGGAGUCCUUCACUAAGAUGACCCAGUAAACGGACUAAUAUCUAUACUAAGUUUUCUCUCUGUUGAAUCAGAGUUGAGUUUAUGGGACAGAUAAAAAAGUGCAAUACCUCAUUUUCUAUUUUUGUAUGUGGAUGAAAGAUGUCAGUAUUUCCUCUAGUAUGUUACUGUUUACAACUAUAAGCUUUCAUCUGUAAAACAACAAUAAAUUAAAAAAAAGGUUGAAUGUA